AUGGUCCCAGAUGAGUUGCUAGAUAAUGAGAUUCCCAUGUCCAAUGCCUACAAGCUUUUGGUGAGUCUGUAAUUUUAAUCGUUAAAAAACAUAUCUUUUGAAGUGUGAGGACGCUGCUCAAGAAGUCGACAAGAAUGCGCUGAAAGCAAAUCGGGAAACUGCAGAAAUACUAAAAAUUGCUCUGAACUCGACGAAAAGAAAGCUGAAAUUCGAUGUAACAUUGCAUUUUCCCACUUACCCAAGUAAAUGUAUACAUUUCAGUACAAAAAUCUCGAUUUCUGGACAGAAUUCGAUGUGAAACAUCCUCUACACGCUCUUCUCCCCGCUAUGAGCACCACUUCUUCGAGCGUUACGGAGUUUCAAUGGCUCAAACCGAAAAACGUAAAUUUUCCAUCGAAAACACUCCAUCAGUAAAAAUCGCUUCAGAUUACAAUUCUGGAGACUUCGGGCAAGGUCCGAAUUUUUGUCGAAAUCGCAGAUGAACUGUUCGGGAAUCGCGAUUUUCUCAAUCUGAUCUAUCCGGUAAAGCGUGGCCAUUAUAUGUGCGCCGUCGUCAAAAAUCUGGAGCACAAGUUCAAAAACAUCCAGUUUGUGGGCGGUGGAAUCGACGGGAAGGACGUGAUUUUCCCGGAUUUGCUCGUAGAUGGUAGGCACGAUUCUUCAAAACUUUCCUGUAUAUCAAACGAAUUCAGGCGUUCGCAUCGGAUUUUUCAACGCCGAAGUAGCGAAAUCCAAAAGAUUUGUACCAACAAUUGGAAAUUUAAGACCGGCGAAACUUUUUGGUGAAAAAUUGUUCGAAGGUGAGAAUUUGAGUAGUUUCCAAACCGGACGAGUACAAAAAAUGCUUUAGGUGUCGAAGCUAGCACUCCAAAGUACAACCAACGAAUGCUCUGGUCGCUGCUCGAAUAUAAGUUGCUUCAGGAGUUCGAGAAGCAUCUCAAGGUACCGUAUUCUCCAUUUAUAAAGCUCAUACUGUACCAUUCCAGAAGAACCAGACCGCCCGUCUAGCUAUUCAACUGAUCCAAAAUGUGCUCCGUCUUCGGCACCUCGCCGUCUUCUCCACAGUAAUCCUGACCGCCCGUGUCGUUCGCCUUAUCAUCCAGGGAAAAAUCACAGAAAAACAAGAAAUUCUCACCGUCCUCCGCCUUAUUUUCGACGAUUUCAGUGCGUUUUUCUUUGAAAAUAAAGGAAAAUCGCGGUUUUUUCAGUCUCGUGGAACAGCGAAUCAUCGGAAGACGUGGGCGACUUGACCAGUGUCACCAAUGACGUGGAAUACGUUAAUCCAGAUGCCGAAGAGCUUGAAAAAGCGGUUGCCGAAGAGUACAAGGCUAAUUUCCAACUGAACUUGAUCUACGAUCAUCUGAAUCUUGCCAGCCGGAUUACAAAGAAUCAGAUUGUCAGGGUAAGCUUGAAAAUGCUCAAUUUUCAACAAGAAUUGUUUAAUCAUCAGAUGAGAAAAGAGCUGUCAACCAGCCGUCCUUUGCUCGGGCAAGUCUACUCAUUCGACGGAACUUUCAUUGAAAAACUACCGAUUUUCGCUCAAUUCGACCACUACGCUCGGCUUCACAUCGAGUAUUCUCAGCUGAAACACUUGCUCCUUGAGCUCGCACUCGAUUCCGUCACUUCCGAAGACGUCAUUAAUCAGUUUGUCGGAAAUCUGGAGAAACGCAUUCAAAAGACCAUGGAAGAACGCUACGAAUUUGUGGCCAUUCAGGAGAAACAGGAAAUGUCGGAGCUCUUCUGGAGCCCAUCUAAGUACGCUCCAAAGUGUCGUCAGAAGACGUUCGUCAUCGGAUUCCGUGAAAAAUCCACGUGGAAGAGUCCGUUGACGAUCGGACCGUGCACGAAAACGGACAAGGAAAAGGCGAAAGAGUUUAAGGAUCUGUGGGGAGACAUUACCGAUUUGCGCAAGUUUGCCGACACCACUAUCCGAGAAUGCGUCGUUUGGGACAAAGAGCCGUCGGAGAAAGUGCCGAGAGCCAUUCUUCAGCACGUCCUUCAAAAGUACGCAUUUUGCUAUUAUCUGAAAGUUUCUUGAUUGAUUAUUUUUCCAGAAUGUUCGCUCUCCCCUCCAGCUGCAUAUCGUGGCGAGAUCUGAAUGGAAAAGAGGUGGAAAGCGAGAAAAAAAGCACGGAAACAGUGGCUAAGGCAUUCGCGGAGCUCAGCGCAUUGCUCACGACCCUCAAAGGAUUGCCGUUGAUGAUCACGAGUGUGCAUGGAAUCAGCGGAUAUUUAAGAGGAACUGAGGUUUCUAAAAGUUUUCAAGUUGUUCUAACCGUCUGAAUUUCUUGUAUGGGUCAUAUUUGUACAGUCCACACGUUUGUGGACAUUUCCGACAUUACCGCAAAAUUUCAAUCCGAAAAUUGUUUUGGCGUUUCUCAAUCAUCCCGCACCUGUGCCAAAUUGAUCGAUUUCAGCCUGCGUACCCAUCGAUCUUCGCGGCGGCUUGUCCUAAAUCGGAAGAAGACUUUGUGCUCCCAGAAGUCGGAAAGAUUCCACCUUUCUCUCCGACAGUCACAGUCCACAUCAAGCUGGAGCACUCCACCAAGUGGGGAAAUGACGUGGAAGCCAUCAGAAGGCUCACUUCCUCGUUCUACGUAAAAAUUGCGGAAAAGCUUCGCGAAAAGAAACUCUGUGCCGUCCCCACCAUCGAUCAGCUCUUCGUGCUUCAAUCCGGAAUCGUUUUCAAGAUCGUCGUCGUGCACGAUCGUAUUCUGACGCUUCUGGAAGAGGCGGUGGAGACGUUGAAAGAUUCUGGAGCUACGCGCAUCGAAAGCUCCCUUCAGGGAAUCCGGCUGACGGCGUGGAAGAAGAAGUUUAUCGCCGAGCCGUUCCUGCAGCGAACGCUUCAGUCCUUCUCGACGAGCUACAAGUUCUUCGGAAGCACUGUUCAGCUUGUCAAAAAGUAAGCAAAAUUGACAAAUAUUUUCCGGACAUUCCGCAACCGCUUCUAAUUCCAGAUGGCUCGGCUCGAAACUGCUUUCCGGACACUUCAACGAUAACAUUAUUGAGCUGCUCGUGGUCGCCGCUAUUAAGAAGAAAGGAACUGUGGAGCCACAGUAAGAUCAGCACAAGAUUCUUUCCAUCUACAGUAAUCUUUCAGAUCGGUCUGGUCGGCGUUCGCCCGUGUCCUUCACCUCAUUUCCACUCAUCCGUGGUCCGCCCGGCCGCUCAUCGUUGAUUUCACGGGCAAGACGUGGAAUGAGGAGGAAAUUGCCAAGCUCGAGGAGAAUUUCAUCAAAAAGCGAAUGAUUCUGCCACCCAUGGUGAUUAUUCACGAACAGGAUCAGCUGGGAAACAAGUUCACGCGGGAACAGCCGCAGGGUGUUGUGCUCAAUCGGCUUGUGGCUUUGGCUCAAAGAGCACUCGCCAUUCUGGAGGCACAGACCACCGGAGAGAAGUGUUUGGAUCUGGAAGCGAGUUUACUCAGCCAAUAUGUGGGCAAUUACGACGCCGUCAUCGAGUUGGAUCCCUCGGCAGUCGUCCGAAAGACGCCGAUUCUGGAGAGACGACCGGCAAAGUUUCAGAAGCUUCCAGUUGUCGAGCUGGAUCCGAUCGAUGAACUCGUCUAUCAGUUGAACAACAAUUUUCAUCAGGUAAUGCCUUGACAUCGGAAUUUAAAACAAAAAUGAAAUGUUUCAGGUAGCCAUGUUCUUCCACAACAAGUACGGAGGUCUCCAAAUCGGAGUGAUGUUCAAACCCGAAGACGCCGAAGUUCCUGCGAAAAUCUCACGUUGUACACUCCACAAAUCAGUCUCCAACUCCACAUUUUCAAUGAACAAACCCGAAAUUCUGGAAAGUAUUCAGAUUAUCGGCGAGGGCAUCGUUGUGGGCGUCACUCUUCAAAAACCAUAA